CCCCAGGUAUCUGCGCUUUCUGCCAUAAGGGCAUUCUGCCCGAAGCUCCUGCAUUGGAGGCCAUGAGGAAGCAGUACCACGUCAAAUGCUUCACCUGCCGUGGGUGUCACAGCAGCCUUGCCGGACAGAGCUAUUAUCAGAAAGAGGGCCGGCCGCUAUGCGUGGCCUGCUAUCAGAAAACCCUGGAGAAAUGCGAUGCCUGCCAAGCCGUCAUCCUCAGUGAGAUCGUAUGGGCCGCGGGAAAGGGCUACCACCCAGAAUGCUUCACCUGCGUGGCCUGCAGCCAACCGAUCGGCAGCGACGCCUUUGCCGUGGAUGAUGAUCAGCGGGCGCUUUGCCUUCCAGACUUCUACCGGAGGUUUGCUUCCGUCUGCGGGGUCUGUGAGGAGCCCAUCAUCCCGCAGGACGGGAGGGAUGCCUACCGGAUCGAGUGUCUGGGCAGAAGCUUCCACGAGGACUGCUAUCGGUGUGAGGUGGGUCUGGGGACCUGGGCUGAGAGGAGGGGGGGGCGCUUCGGUGGAAGGAUGCCCGAGCAUAGAAGCGAGCAUUGUCGCCUGACCUCGUUUCCGUGAAGCAUCUCUGAGUUGUGGAGAUCACGCCGGCUUCCUUCCUUUCUUUCCCACUCCUA